AUGUUUUUCUUUAAAACCACUUGCGUCUUUUGUAAGAAUAUUUUUCCAUCUCACUUCGUUAACUAUCGAGUACUACUCCUUCAGUCUCCAAAUUUUACAUUGAGAAAUGCCAGACCCGACUUACUUCAAUUAUUACCUUAUGCAAAUUCUUCACCUUCUCACCACACAUCUCCUAAAGAGUCUACUUUAUAUAAAUUCGCAAAAGACAUCACAAAACAGCUUCCAACUGUUAUACUUGUCAAAAUAAUUGUAGCUGGCCUCGUUGACAUUUUGUCAUUAGAUCUUUCAUUUACUUGGUAUUGGAGCAUAAAUAAUGAACGUCUCCUCCUUAAAAUAUUGAAAAAGGGCACUAAACCCGAAGCUAAUAUUGCGAAUGAGGAGCUCGGUGUAAUAUAUUUUAAUAUUCCUGAAGAUUUAACUAUCGAAAAAUUUGGUGUUGCAUUGGGAGAAGUCCUUAACUUUACAUUUGAAAAACAUAUCUCUUUUACGUCACAAUUAAUAAAUAAAAUAUUGGGUAUUACUCCUGAUAGGCUGAAGAAAUGGGAGAGGGUUUUAGAAGCUUUUAAGCGUACUUCUACAUUAUAUAAAAAAAAAUAUGGCAAACCUCCAGUUAUUAUUUAUGAUAGUAUUAGUUUAUUGAUCCUUGACUAUUUAAAAAUUCUUGACACUCUUCAGGAUGGAGCUAAAACGGGUGUCGAUGAAAGAAAAUUUACUGCUGUAUUUGUUACCAGUGAAGCAAAUAAAUUAAUAAUAGAAAUCGGUGACAUUAGCAAAAAAGAAACAAUGGAAUAUCUAAUCAAAAAGUGUGAGAUUAAUUCUGUAGAAGCAGAAAGACUAUAUGAUUUAGUUGGUGGAUAUCUUGUGAAUUUGAAAUCUGUAGCAGACAAAUCUCUAGCUGGACAAUUCUUUGAAUAUAAGAAUUGGUUUUAUUGUUUUGCAAUGAGUUUACACAUUAUACUUUGA